AUGGCAGACAAAUACAUUCUUGUUACCGGCGGAGCCGGUUAUAUCGGAUCACACACAGUUAUUGAGUUAAUCAACAAUGGAUAUAAAGUGGUCAUCGUUGACAACUUAUCCAAUUCUUCAUACGACGCAGUUGCUCGUAUUGAGUUUAUUGUUAAUCAACAUAUUCCAUUUUACGAUGUCGACUUGAGAAACCGCGAUGAGUUGGACAAAGUGUUUAAACAGUAUGAUAUUCAAGGCGUCAUUCAUUUUGCUGCAUUAAAAGCUGUGGGCGAGUCAACCAAAAUACCAUUAAAGUAUUACGAAAACAAUGUUGGUGGAACCAUGACUUUGCUCGACGUAUGCUCUGAAAAUAAUGUCAAGACAAUUGUUUUUUCAUCAAGUGCCACUGUUUAUGGAGAUGUCACUAGAUUUGGCCCUACGAAAUAUAUCCCUAUUCCUGAAACUUGUCCAACCGAUCCCACAAACCCCUACGGAAAGACCAAGUUUGUUAUUGAACAGAUAUUAAAAGACAUUUACUCAAGUGAUGAUGCGUGGCAAGUUGCAAUUUUGAGAUACUUUAAUCCAAUUGGUGCACAUCCAUCAGGGUUGUUAGGUGAAGAUCCACUUGGUAUACCAAACAAUUUGUUACCAUACUUGUCGCAGGUGGCAAUUGGUAGACGUGACAUAUUGUCCAUCUUUGGCGAUGACUACGACUCCAUUGAUGGAACGCCAAUCAGAGAUUACAUUCAUGUAGUCGACUUAGCUAAAGGACACAUUGCUGCUUUGAACUAUUUAAAGAACUUGCGUGAAAAGGGGUUGUACCGUGAGUGGAACUUGGGUACUGGUAAAGGCUCUACUGUUUUCCAAGUCUAUAAUGCAUUCUGCAAAGCUGUUGGAAGGGAGUUACCAUACAAGGUUGUGGGCAGAAGACAAGGUGACGUUUUAAAUUUGACAGCUAAACCUGAUCGUGCUCAUGAAGAGUUGAAAUGGAAAGCUGAAUUGAGUAUCGAUGGCGCAUGUAGGGAUCUUUGGAAAUGGACAACAGAGAAUCCGUUUGGGUUUGAAAUUAAAGAUUACAAAUGGAAAAAUUUUGAUGGUUUGCAUAAUCGUUUACAUACUAUACAAAGUAAGGAUUUGCAAGUGAGCUUUUGCAAUCGAGGUGCAUUGAUUCAAGAUAUCAAAGUUGGUGAGCAGCAUAUUGUUUGUGGGUUUGAUAACGCCCAGGAUUAUAAGCUGAAAUCGAAUCCAUAUUUUGGAACCACAGUUGGUCGUUAUGCCAACAGAAUCAAAGGGGGUGAAUUUGAGUUGGAUGGUGCAAAGUUUAAAUUAACCCAAAAUGAAGGUAAUAACACACUACACGCUGGAUCCAACGGAUUUGAUAAGCAAAACUUUUACGGGCCAGUGGUUAAGCACAAGGAUGGAAAGUUUACCGUUGAGUUCAAGGUUGUUGACGUGGAUGGAACUGAUGGGUUUCCCGGUACUUUGGAAACAGUUGUGCAAUACACUAUCGACAAUUCAUCGGUCGAGAUUGAGUACGAGGCAAAGUUGCUUGGUGGUGAUGCAACAAUUGUCAACUUGACUAAUCAUAGCUACUUCAAUGUCUCAAACAAUACCAUUAUCGAUGGAACCCAAGUUAAAUCCUCCGUGAAUAAAUUUCUUGAGUUGGAUGUUGAAAAACUUCCAACGGGUAAUAUUGUUUCAAGGAGUAUUCCAGAAACUAUAUCGUCCGAUGUAGUUUUAGAUGAUUGUUUUGUUGUUGACGAGGGUAAUUUAACCGAUACAAGAUCAAACAACUUGCAGCCAUUGAUUGAAGCAACCCAUCCAAAUAGCAGCAUUAAGUUGAUUGUCUCAAGCACUGAUCCCGCAUUCCAAUUUUACACAGGUGAUGGAGUCAAUUGUACUCAGUAUGGCAAAAGGAGUGGCUUUUGUGUUGAACCUUCACGAUUUGUUGAUGCUAUUCAUUUAGAUGAUUACAAAGGACAGGUUGUAUUGAAAAAAGGUGAAACUUACGGUUCAAAAAUCAAGUAUGAGUUUAUCAAAUUGAUUAAAUAG